AUGAGAAGACAAGCAUUAAGACCCCUGUCUCACAGAAGCCUUUCCGUGCAAAGUGAUAUGUUUGGUACCAAAACAUUCUGGUUCAAAGCGCGAAAACGAAUAUAUCGCGUUCAAGCCAAAGUAGGACCAAUAGUAAGGAAGUUGAUUCCUAACUUUUUGGUAGCACACUAUACAUAUAUCAUACUCUGGUGUAUAGUUGGCUCCAUUUUGAUAUACCCAAAGAAAAACAUCAAAUACAUUGAUGCUUUGUUUUUCGCUGCAGGAGCAUCAACUCAAGCGGGACUAAAUACUGUGGACACAAACAAUCUGAGCUUGUACCAACAAAUUGUGAUUUACUGUGUGACUAUGUUGACAACUCCAAUAUUCAUUCACUCGGCCAUCGUGUUUUUAAGACUUUUCUGGUUCGAAAAAUCAUUUGAUGACAUUAAGGAAAAGUCGAUGCAGAAUUUCAGAAUGCGUCGAUCUGCCACUCUCGCUCAGUUCAGAACACAGACGAUGGAUACCUCUAGAAGUAUGCGCCAAAACAGAACCAAUACUACAGGUUUCCAGGAUAAAGGGUACAAUACUCAUAAUGCGUCUGAGGAUCUUGGUACAAGACUAAACAAACUCAAUCAACAACAACAAUCAGAGGACGGAGAGCAAAAAUUGGAUAAAGUGUUUGAAGAUGAGUAUACAGUUCCCAUGUCCUCAAGCUCAGGUGGAUCCCCGGAGUUAAAGAACCACGAAAAAGGACAGGAUAUAGAGCUAGCUGAUCUUCACACUUCACAUGAUUACUCAACGGACAUGGGAGGCGUGGUACAUUAUAGUGAGCCCAGCGAUGAAGAAGAUGAGCAAGGAGUUCCCGAGACAAGGUCGAGAGACAUCAAGUUUGUGGAUUUACCGAAGCCACCCAACAAAAGGAGGAAUAAGGAUGUUGAGCCCCGUGAUCUAUAUAUGUCCAUUUCUAUGAUGCAACAGCAAAAAGAUAAUAAUACCGCAGAAGACGAGUCCGGGCCGGCUCUAGUUAUACAGGGCCCUGCAGAGAGGACCGGAAGCAAGCUCCCAGGCCACAUUACCCGCCAUGAGAAGGAAAUGAAACGCAAACAACUGAAGAAAAUCAGAAAAAUGGAGAAAAGACAGGAUGGACAUCCAUCGUCUCUUGCAAAUUCUACAAGAGAAAAAACGAUACAGUUUCAAGAUCCAGCCAGACCUCGCAAAAGCUCAACAAUCAAGUGGGAAUCACAGUCUCCUGUUCCGGAGCCAGAAGCAGAAGACGAAAGUGCUUUGAGCGAUGAAGCAAACUCGAGCUUAGAAGACUCAGGUGACGACCAGCUAGCUAAUGAUGAUCUCAGCGACGAGGAAGAUGGAGCGGGUUUUCGCCAUGUGGGAAGGACGCAGUCUCAUGUUAUGACGGUACCACAUGGAAAAUCUGGAACCAAACUUGAUAGAAGGGCCCAUACUUUUGACGUACCAGUAGAGAAGAAACCGGAAGCGCAUAAAAAAGGCGUCAAUAUUGUGAAAUCUCCAACUUUUGACAAGAUGCUACGCAAAAAUAUGAAAGAUAAGUACAACAGGUUUACCAGAAUUGGAAGACGCCUUACAUCUUCUCGUACGGGCCAUUUCAAUGCAUUCACGGAUGAUAUCGAAACCUUAUCUGAUAAUGAUCUUGCUAGUUUAUAUUCGAGGUCCAGCAAACAUGCUCCGCCCAACUACUUGUCCUGGACACCAACCAUUGGAAGAAACUCCACUUUUGUGGCACUAACAGAUGAACAAAAGGAAGAGUUAGGAGGUGUCGAAUACCGUGCUCUGAAAUUGCUCAGUACCAUUCUAGUUUCCUAUUACAUUGGAUUCCACCUGAUAGGAAUCAUAUGCUUUGUUCCUUUCAUAACGAAGAGAUUGAAGUACCUGAACAUAAUUAGGAGUGACGGCGUUGCCCCGGCAUGGUGGGGGUUUUGGUAUCCCCAAACAUGUUUUAACGAUUUAGGAAUUACCCUUACCCCAGACUCAAUGAUGUCAUUCAAAGAGAAUGCAUUUACUCUAAUCUUGGGAGGAGUCUUGAUUGUGGCUGGAAAUACUGGAUUUCCAAUUAUCCUUCGAUUCAUCAUUUGGAUACUACAUCGCUUUUCAAAACCACUUACGCUAUACAGAGAGUCGUUGGCAUUUUUGUUAGAACACCCGAGAAGAUGCUUUACCUUAUUAUUCCCGUCGGGGCCUACAUGGUGGCUACUUUUUGUACUGGUUGUGUUGAACUGCAUAGACUGGUUGCUUUUCAUCAUUCUAGAUUUCAAUAAGAGCAUUCUGGAAAGCGUGAGACCGGGAUACCGCGUUUUGGAUGGACUUUUCCAAGCUAUAUCCACUAGGACAGCAGGCCUUUCAGUGGUGGAUUUGUCUCAAUUGAGUCCUGCUGUACAGGUAAGUUACCUAGUGAUGAUGUACAUCUCUGUCAUGCCAUUGGCAAUCUCUAUUAGAAGAACCAACGUCUACGAGGAGCAAUCUCUAGGCGUUUAUUUCGACAACAACGACGCUAGUUCUACGAACGGCACGAAUAACACUAAUAACAAUAAUGAAAAUGGGAAAAACAACCAGACGAUAUCGUUUAUCGGCACACAUCUGCGCAAACAGCUGUCUUUUGAUUUAUGGUUCUUGUUUCUUGGUCUGUUUAUCAUUUGCAUUUCAGAGAGUGGAAGAUUGACUCAAGGUGAUAUACAUUUCACUAUCUUUAGCUGUCUUUUUGAGAUCACUUCUGCUUAUGGUACUGUGGGUUUGAGUCUAGGAUACCCAAACACAACACCGUCGUUUUGCGGACAGUUCAACACAUUAUCCAAAGUGGUGCUUAUUGUCAUGAUGGUAAGAGGUAGACAUAGAGGUUUGCCUUAUGCAAUAGACAGGGCUAUCAUGCUUGAGACCGACAAGAUCAAGAUGCGGGACGAUCUGCAAGCCCACCAUACUCUGAGACGGGCCCACACUAUGCAGACAUCGCCGACAUAUGGAUCAUCGCACCAUGGCCCUUUGUUGAGGGUCAACACGACUCGUAACGAGGGCUUCGAUACGAGCAACAUCUGGCCAUUUAUCAAGAGGAAAGCUUCUGCGGUGGCGGGAGAAUUCAGGAGAAACUUGCAAGCCAGGGAUUAUGAUUCUGAGGAUGAAGAAGCUCUCGAAUUUGAUGAUGAGUCUGUUCCUUCAUACAGCGGCUACAGAGAAGCGGAAGAUAACAGAAGGGAUGUGAUGGACGAACAUAAAAAUGAGGGACCCUCACUUUCGCCAAUCGAACCCGCAUCUGGAGCAUCAUCUUCUAGAUCCAAGCGUCAUAAUUCACUCUAA